AUGGCUACCAACGACUUUCGCAUCGUUUCAGCGCAGACACCAGAGCAUAUCGCUACGGCUAGGGAGCUGUUCACAGCCUAUGUUGAAUGGCUAAACAUCGACCUCAGCUUCCAAAGCUUCAAGUCCGAACUGGCCUCGCUGCCGGGGAAGUAUGGGGCUCCCCAUGGAGAGCUUCUUCUCGCCUACAGCUCAGACAACACCCCUCUAGGCUGUGUCGCUGUCCGUCCUCUCAGCGACGAAGGCAAGGGACAGGCGUGCGAAAUGAAACGGCUGUACGUUUCCCCCGAAGCACGAGGCAUGGGCCUAGGCAAGGCCCUGAUAGCUGCGAUUGUGCAGCGCGCAAAGGAACUGGGAUACAAAGAGAUGAGGCUGGACACACUCCCUUCCAGGAUGCAAGGUGCAAUCCAACUGUAUACGCGGGCUGGCUUUGUUGAGAGACAUCCCUACUACGAGACUCCCAUGGACGAAACAAUCUUCCUCGCGCUCGACCUCACACAAUAA